AUGUCACAACGUCACAUAGGGCGUGACCUGCAUCACGCUCCUCCUGGCAGGAACGAGGUUGCGCUGUUUCGCUAUGCGACGAUGGUAUACAUCGCCUCCUGGCAAGAAUACCAAGAGGCCGCAGAAAAUCUGUAUGCAAAGUCACCUAACAAGACACGAUAUUGUGUGAAAUGGAGGUCAUCCGAGGGCAAGCUGGUGUUGAAGAUCACUGAUGAUACGACAUGUAUCAAAUUCAAGACAUACUCAUCGAUCUUUCUGAAUCGAUUUGAAACCCUAAACCUCUCCCUGAUGCAAAAAAUGCAGAAUAGGCGUCCUGAGCCAACGCCCCCUCCUGCAACUUCAAAAGCACCACAGCAUGACGGAGACGCUGGAAAGCCUCGUGCUACCUCCCCCGUACCCCCUCAGCAGGCCGGACCAGCUUCGGGCGGUAUCAAGAAGAAAAAGCCGAAGAAAAAGAAGUACAUGCAAAUCUUUGUUAAGACUCUGACGGGGAAGACUAUCACCCUGGAGGUGGAGUCUUCCGAUACCAUCGAUAACGUCAAAGCCAAGAUCCAGGAUAAGGAGGGCAUCCCUCCGGAUCAACAGCGUCUCAUCUUUGCUGGUAAACAGCUCGAAGAUGGCCGCACGCUCUCAGACUACAAUAUCCAGAAGGAGUCCACUCCUUCACCUCGUCCUCCGUCUCCGCGGUGGCGAAGAUCCAAGAUAAGGAGGGUAUCCCUCCCGACCAACAAGCGCCUCAUCUUUGCUGGGAAGCAGCUUGAGGAUGGUCGCACGUUGUCGGACUACAACAUCCAGAAGGAAUCCACCCUUCACCUCGUGCUUCGUCUGCGCGGUGGGAUGCAGAUCUUCGUGAAGACGCUCACCGGGAAAACCAUUACUCUCGAGGUCGAGUCUUCUGAUACUAUUGACAACGUUAAGGCGAAGAUUCAAGACAAGGAGGGCAUACCUCCUGACCAGCAGCGUUUGAUCUUCGCUGGCAAGCAGUUGGAAGAUGGUCGCACCCUUUCCGACUACAAUAUUCAGAAGGAGUCUACGCUCCACCUUGUUCUUCGUCUCCGUGGUGGCAUGCAGAUAUUCGUGAAGACAUUGACUGGCAAGACGAUCACUUUGGAAGUGGAGUCUUCGGACACCAUUGACAAUGUGAAGGCGAAGAUUCAGGACAAGGAGGGUAUUCCUCCUGACCAGCAGCGCUUGAUCUUUGCCGGCAAGCAGCUUGAGGAUGGUCGUACCCUCUCCGACUACAAUAUUCAGAAGGAGAGUACUUUGCACCUUGUCCUCCGUCUGCGUGGUGGUCUCUGA